AUGUGGUUUAGAGCUGAUCAGCCCGUCGAGGAUGGCAGAGAUUACGAUGACCACCCGGUACUCGUCUUUCCCACGGCGACGACGACGACGUAUUCACCAGCAGCAGGAGUGUCCAGCAGCAGUAGCAACGGCGAGUCCGCCGGUAACAGUAUCCUAAAGCAACGCGCCACGUGUGCGUGCUCCAACAUCAGCAUUAUGCAGCUGUUUCACGAGAUGAAACAGAAGUACCCUACCGUGCCGGACACGGUCGUGUCGGAGCUCGUCACCCAGAACUGUCACGAUCGGCCGGCGUGCAUCGACCGGCUGGAGGAAGCGGUCCUGGGGACGCCGGCCCAAACGACGUAUCCGGCCCAGUCGAUCCACAGUGGCAGCCUGAAGCGGCGCAGUGGUGCGGCCGGCGGUGAGCGAAAGUUUGGCAGCGGCAAGCCACAGCAGCCGCAGCAGCAACAGCAGCAGGAAGGGAAUGGGUUUUCCAGCACGGCCAGCAACAACAGCAAUAGUAGCAGCAGUAGCCGGGAGGGAAGCGUCGACGGUGGGAGAUUGGCGCUGCAACCGGCUCGUGGCGUCAGUGAUAUCAUCGGCCACCCCGGACAGGGGCCUCCGGUACUACUCCGGCCUACGACGCUGGCCGUUGGAGCAUCGCCUCCCGUGCCACCGUUGCGCCCGAAUCGAAUAGCACCGCAGUGUCCCGUCCCGGCGUUGAUGAAGCCGCCCGCCCCGGAGCUGGGUGAGACGGUGAACGUGCAGCUGAACGUAACCAUGUCGCCGGGGCAGCAGCGCCACAAAUCGACGAUCUCGCUCCAACCGAAACCUCCGUACUCGUGCGAGCUGGCCCAGGUCACCAGUACGUUCAACAACUGUCCCCCGGCUGCCGCCGGCAUUGCUAACGCGGUCAGCCCGCCGAACGCGUCGGCGGCUGGCCCGGGCGGUCAGCGUAGCUCUACCUCGGUCAAUCUUACCCUGCGCCAACCGACGGACGGUCGGCCACAUUCGCCCAUCCACAUUCACGCCAGCCCGCUCAAGUACACGGCGGAGAACUUUAACGCCGUCUCGGGCAUCCAGUCGAAGCUGGAGGUCACGUUCCGGGAUGGGUUCGGAUCGUUCAGUGCGAUGCGGGCCCACGUGCCAGCUCCACCACCGGAUGCCGUUCCUUACCACCAGCAGCAGCACCGGAUGCCUCCUCAAAUCACCCGCCGUGGAAUGUCGGUCGAGGUGUCCGGUGGCCCCGAGCGUGAUAGCUUCUGGCAGCAGUCAUCAUCGUCCUCGGCACCGUCGUCGUCGUCGGGUCAGCCCGGCUCGCCACUAUCAGCGUCCAGGUUCCUGUCGUCGCGGGACACGCUGGCGGCACUGAUGCGAGGUGACCGACCGGCCAACGCCGCUGUCCCCGGCAGCCGAGAGAACGAUGGACUGGCGAAGCAAUUACGCUAUCAGAACCUUAUUGUGGCAGAACUGACCGUGUCGCAGCAGCUGGAGCAGAAGCAGCGGCUCAAGAAGGAGGUCGAGGAAAAGCGAACGCAGUUCGAGCGGAUCUGCCGGGAGAUCUACGUGCUGCAGAAGCCGCUGCGCAGCAUCGACGCAGAGUUGCUCGAUCACGAGGUGCUGCUGCUGUCGGCGGAAGUCGAGUUGCUCCAGAAGGCGGUGGACUCGUGCGACGAUGAGGAGGAGGCGGCCCUGGCGGCGGCCAGCAAUAGUGGACCGGCCAUUACCGAUGGGCUGCGGGCGCUCGGUGAUGAUAGUGGAUCUCCAAUGUUUCCGCCGGCGACCACUUCGGCCGUGUUUAAUCGUCCUCCGCGUCCACCGCGGCCACCACCGCCACGGGUCGCGGGUCAGUCGCCGUGCUCGAGCCUUGCCGGCAGCCUAACGCCCGGUACACCCCACGGUAGCCUAGGCCACGGUGGUUUCCCACCCGGGUACCCGGGUGUGUCAUCCGCGUCCUCGUCCUCGUCCUCGCCCUGCUCAACGUCUUCCUCAUUCACGUCGAAUGGCGGCGGUGCGGUCUACGAUCCCACGGCGGUGGCAGCGACCGCAGCGGCCCUUCGUCUUAUACCGGCAGAUGGAGGUGGCGGCGCCGGUGGACCGAGCAGCAACCAGCAUCAUCCGACCGCCACCACCACUCUCAACCAGCCGUGGACUUGCAGCCUUUGUACAUUCCAAAACCACGAACUGUUGCCCGCGUGUGAAGUCUGCUCGCUGCCGAAAGCAUCCGGUACUCGAUCGUUGGCCACGAAUGGUGGUGUCGGUGCCGGUACACCGCGGCCCCCUCUGACGUCCACCUCCGGUGGUGCUGGAGAUGUUGGCGCCCUCGGUGCUAUGCUACGGCGCCAGCACCUGUCGGUGGAUGCUGGCGUUGCGGCGGCUGCUGCUGCUGCGGCUGCUGUUGUCGGUGCCUCGGUUGGCCCAUCGACGGCACCACCGGCGUACCCCGGGCCCGACCUGGCUGCUGUACCUCCGGCGUUUAUCGUGGCCACGCCCGUGGGUUCCUCUGUCCCACAGUCGACGACCUCAGUGCAACAGCAGCAACAGCAGCAGCAGCAGCAACAACAGCAUCAACCGAACCCACCACCGUUGCAGAAUGCUCAGUAUCAGAAAUCAUCCAUCGAAUGCUAAAACCAGCUUCUUCCAACUACUAACCCCUACGGGGCGGGAUCGGGAAUCGGAUCGGAAAACCCGAACAAAAACCAAGAGAAGAGCAUCGUCACUUGCUGCUGCAUGAUCACAAGUUUGCCUACGAGUUGUUAGAAAGCCGAACACCGAUUGGCAACGCGGCCGCAAAGUGUGUGUGUGUGUGCGUGUGUGUGCAUGCGGCUAAAUGUGUGUUUUAACUUCUCUAGUGUUUGCUUGCUUCGUUCAUUUACCCCUCUCUCUCUCUCUCUUAUCGCUCUUAUCGAUCCGAGAAGAAGCUUCUUCGGAGAUUGCAAUGACGGGGAUGCACACAUUCCACGAUCUUUUCUAGGCUUUCGAUUGAAAUUAGGUUCCACAAUUGCUUGAGCGUUGAGUGACCUUUUUCGAACUGGUAAAAAUGUGAUACAAUGACUAAAGUGAUUCGGAAGGGUGAAGGUCGCUCCGGACCGGAUUUUUUCCACCACCACCACAUUGUUUCAGGGAACACACGUACAAGAAAUUUAUAGUAGGUUGUAAGUGCGCAGUUGUAUCAAGUUGUAGGGUAAAAGUAAUACAAAGAAACGUGUGUAAGCUAUGCGCGCCACAAAGCAUAAAUCAUGAUCAUACCGCAGCAGGAACGAUAAUACUAGUGAGUAAAGUAGUAUAGGAAAGGUGUAAACUAAGCGACCCACAUACGGCGGGUCGGCGUAACAUUUAAAGCCCUACCAGACGACCAUAAUGAAUGAUCAUACGCAGCGGAAAGCUGCGUCGUCGAUACAGUUAUUAGCCAGCACAGUAGAACCGCGCACCGGUUCAGGGGGAGCUAUGGUACCGUCGGCCGGCACACCGACCCAAAAUGAGAACACAACCACGCCGCGCUGAUUACACGCGGUGUUUUGCGACCCAACCGUUAUCACGCACGCGGUACGAUUAAAAAUAGAUUAUCGCACACAGGAGGAUCAUAGGCCCCAGAGAGAGCGAGGAGACAAGCACAGCGCGUCACGGCAUCGUAGCGAGGCGUCGCGUCGCUGUCUGUCAUGUGCCGUUUGAUGCCGUGUCCAUCAGUUCGGCGGAGCCACUGCCGAGGCGGGGCUCCGCCGCUGUGUCGCUUCCUGUGGACGAAUGCAAUUCCAAGACCGCUGCGCGCCUCGGUGCAUUGCGAUAAAAGUACCGAACAGCGCGUGUUCGGUCGGUCGGUCGGUGUUUGUCGCUUUGAUGCCGCGCACAACACGAGGACAUGGCACAUGCAUGCCGUAGCGAAAGAUCAAUGGGAACAUAUUUCUAACACCUUCUCUAACUAUGUCCUGGCGGCGCGGUACGACGACCCGGCGUACCGGUGGAGGCCGCGCGUGUGUGUCGCUAAUUGUGCAGAUUUAACGGAACGAUUUACCUAGGAACGUAGUUGUUUGUAAACGACAAAAACAUAUUUAACUUCAAAUAGAGAUCGAUUGUGCUUCAAAUUCUUAACUCGUUAACGUUGUGUUUGAUUCACGUUAUCUUUAUCGCUUGCGUGUGUUUGUAUGUUAUGCAAUAAUAGUGUUUCAAUUAGCAAUAAACCCUGUUUCCGAAAACAGCC